AUGGCGAUCGCAUCCCAAGGACCGGCAACCAGAAUGAGAGGCCCCCUCCUCUUCCCCCUCUUGGCCUUACUGGGCUUUCUAUUGAGACUACUCCUGUUCGCCGCACUGGGCUCGCCACUUCUGUUGAGGUCUAGUCCCGAGCUGAACUCUCCUAUCAACGACUAUGAGCGGCUGCAGGAAGCCGUGGCAGCCCUUUCGAAAGGUGCCGACCCUUAUGCUGCCAGCCUCUUCCACCAGCCCCCUUUGGUCCUCUAUCUCUUCUCUACAACGUCCCAUAUACUACCCCUUCAGUGGGGGGCUAUUGUUAUCAUCGCUGCCUCUGACGUUGUGUGCGCUGCAUUCCUCUACAAGGCCUCUAGGGAGUCCCUCUUCAUACCAUGUGCCUACCUAUUCAACCCCAUCAGUAUCCUCUCGUGCCUCUCCCUCUCUGGGCAGGCCCUUCACAUGGCCCUGGUUGCUGGCUGCCUCUGCCCGGGCCUCAUCAGCUGCCUCUCUAUAGCUACCCUAGCUUACGUCCGCUGCAACCCGUUACUACCAUUCGCGUUGGUCCUAUCCAAAUCGGCGAUGGAGUGCCCUACAGGCUCCUGCCUUGGCUCCAGACUCCUACGGAACUGCGUUGCUACUGGUACGUAUUUCGUAUCUCUGCUUCUGGCCUCCUUCAUAGCAAUGGGCAGCUGGGAGGGGUUUGUGGCAGGCAUCCGUGGCACCAUGAUCGACCCUUUCCUCAUCAGCGAGCUCCAGCCCAACAUAGGUCUCCAUUGGUACAUGUUCACUGAAGUCUUCCCUCGGUUCUACUCGCUCUUCCUGUUCGUCUUCCAAAUGCUGCCUCUUGUCCACGUAUUACCCCUCUACUUCCGGCUGGGUGUCCAUGGCGGAGAGUACGCUCGACAGUCCCACACUUGGAACGUUGUUGCACUCACUCUCCUCUUCCAACCCUACCCGACAGUAAUGACCAUCCCUAAGCAGCACAGCUCACGUCUAUCCCAUCAGGCACUGGACUUCCUCCUACUCUCUGUACUACUGCUACUGCACUACGAGGACCUCACCAAAGUGAAGGCCUUCACUAAGCUGUAUGAUGAGGAUGAUAAGGCCGGCGAGAGGGCAACGGAACUCCAACCCAACAACUAUGAGCAGUUCAUGAUACUCUUCCUCGCGAUAGGGACUCUGACUUUGGUACUGCAUCCAGCAAUGACCUUGUUGUGGUUGGGCCGCAACACGGGUAACCCCAACUUCGUCUUCGUCUCGAACCUCCUCCACCAAGGAGCGUGCGGAGUUGCCGCAUCGGUGGCCGUGGCGACGAGCAUUAAGGUUUAUAAGGAGAAUAAACGAUGGCAGCAGCAACAGCGAGACGAUAAUGAUAACAAGAAGAAGAACACUUGA